AUGAGCAGCAACAAAGCGUGGAAACCCUUCGUGAGGUUCGAGUACCAGAAGCUGCUGCCGGAAGCGCUGCGUAACAAGCUCCGCAAAGUUUUGGUCUUCACCGAGGCGACGGGCACGAAGCAAGUGAACCAAUCGCCGGCCGUGUCGCAGGGUUAUCGCUACCCGUCCCCUGACAAGCAGGCCGAAGGCGUGUUCGUGCCAACGUCCGGCUCCAAGGACAGUGUCUACAACAUCCAGUACUAUACGCGGGACAUCCGGAGCUUGCCGUACCCCUUAGAAGUUGGCAUGCAUCCCUCGCUUCCUGUUGAGAAGCGUGCAGAGAUCCCGGCUGACGCCAAGCGUGGCUCGCCUGGCAACAAGAACCCAGCGGUGCUGAGCUAUGACCCCUCGGGUACGCGUGCGGCCAUGACGACGACCCACGAAGCUCGGGACAAGCUCCUUCUGCAGCACGUCUCGACGCACAAUGUGCACUUUGAGUGGGAGGGCGACGCGGAGAAGGACAUUGUCGAGAACAACGAGGCCAAGAAUUUGCCACCGACGCCCGGUCGUCCCUUUGUCUGGAACUUUCCUGCGCAGAGCCGCGUCAUGCGCUGGUAA